ACACCCCAGCUGCCUCUGUACCCACCAGCACCACAGCAGCCCACAGACACGCACCCAGCAGAGAGGAGACAGGCAGGAGACAGAGGGGAGACUCCGUGACUAACCAAGCUGGAGUAAAAGUGAGGAAACGGCACGGCAGGAAAUGAAGAGCCAGAGCCAAGCAGGAAAGCAACAUUUGCCUUAACUGUUCAGAACGUCGGAUUCAGCACAAAGCAAAAGAGAACGAUAGUCACACUGACUGAGGGCUGUGAGGACACAAAGCAUCUGCUGAAUACCGGGAGUUUACCUUCUGGAAGACCUGGAUACAGCAGAGAAAGGUCUGAACCCUCGACAUAAAGGCUAUCAACCUCCACCUGAUCAAUACCAUCCCUCUGACCUCGGGAUCUGGAUGUUCAUGCAUUGGAGGGCGACCUCUUCUUCUCUCCACGGGCGUUCUCAGAGUGGGAGGACAGGUUAAAGAACAGAGUACAUUCUCAUCGUCUCACCGCGACUGUGAGAGGAGAGAGAGACAGAUCCUCAGAACGACUCCACCAAUCACACAGCCCAGGGAGGAUGAGUCUGUCGAGAAACGGGACCCUGGAGAAGGGCAUCACCCAGCUGAAUCACAUUAAUAAUGGGGAACCUCUGUCAUCACUGCCAUCCCACCUCCAGCACACAGGCUCUGUGACCUCUGUCCCAAGGUCACCCACGGGGGGGUCAGGAGUGGUGGUGCCACCCCCGUACUCAGUGGCGGGCAGCGCAUCAGGGGGUACAGACGCCCCUCUGGAGCUGAGAGGCUCUCUGGACUGCUGGGCGUGCUCAGUACUGGUGACGGCUCAGAACCUGAUCAUCGCACUGGUCAACGGCACACUGGCCAGCAUCGUGUUCGGCACCAUCUUGACCCCAGCGCUGGUCAUGGUCGUGUUUGGCUUCCUGUGUCACUCCACGGUGCAGCCCAAUGGCACGUCCCUGUACUGUUCAGACCUGCUGGAUGACGGUGGCUGUGUGGCCCUGCUGGUGGUGGGCUUCAUCCUGGUCACCCCCCUCCUGGUCCUGGCUCUGGCUGCCUACUGCCGCCUGGCCCGCCACCUCCAACUGGGCCUCUGUUUCAUCCCCUAUAGCAGGGCCGUAUACAAGAACCUGCCUGCCUCGCGCCACCGUGGAGGGGACUGCUGCGGCCAGCAUGGGGCCUCAGAGGGGGAGGGCAAAGGCAGUGUGUGGGUGUGAGUAGAGUAGAUGUUGACCCAACCACCGAUGCAGGGUCAGAUAACAUUUUCUUCCUCCUUAUGGUGAAGGUUAGGAUUGGGGGUCAAGUAAUUUGAUCCUAGAUCUGUGGAUAGGGGCAACUUGUACUUUGAGCAGGGAGGGGGAGAAUGUGAAGGAAUGGAGAAAGAAAACAGAGCAUGAGGUGUGGAGAUUAUGGACAUCUUUCAUAUGUCUGUAGGUCUGAGGGUGGUGUGGGGGUGGAUCUUACAAUACACUGGUUCUUUUAUAAGUAAAGAGCAAAGGUGAAGCUGUAAAAACACACAACUAUGCUACAUGAAGUACUAUCAAAUAUCCCUGUAACUACGCUGUAAUUCAAUGUCACAUUAUUGCGUUUGUUUUUUUAAAUAUUCAAUAAUGCUGUACUUUUAUUACAUUAUGCUUGUUUAGAAUAAAAUAUUCCAUCAUAUCGAAAAAGUUGCUUUGUGUUAAAGAAAUAAAGAAAAGGGAAUCAGGUUCUGUUGUGGACUGUCUGGCAUGAAAUGGCAACACCUCCCUCUAGUGGAUCACAAGAUGUCCUCUACCAUGACAAUCCUGUGGGAUACCAAGGCUACCAUCUCUCUGAUGCCAUUUGGCAGCUGUCAAAUAUUGACUCUUUAAUCCAAGUUUGAAUGGAGUUAUAGUCACAAAUACAUCCUAUAAAUGGUGUACAGAAUCAAUCAAAAAGCUUUUUAUGACAUCACUUCACUCAGUAACUUCAUGACAUCACUUCACUCAGUAACUUCAUGACAUCACUUCACUCAGGAAGGGUUUGCUUGGAUUCCCUUGUUGGGCUUGAAUAGAAUGAGGACAUUCAUAGAAAACUGUUGACAACCUAUACUCAUAUUUUGUGGAUAACAAAAACAGUUGUCAUGCAGUAAUACAUACAUGAGUAACUUGCCAAA